UAAGGAUGGAGAGCGUGAGAGGCGGCGCGCCCGUCGACAAGGCGGUGGAUUUCGCGAAUUACUUCUGCACCUACUCGUAUCUCUAUCACCAGAAGGAUAUGCUGUCGGAUCGGGUGAGAAUGGAUGCCUAUCACUCGGCCGUGUUUAAGAACAAGCGCCAUUUCCAGGGAAAGACUGUCUUGGACGUGGGGACUGGGAGUGGGAUUUUGGCGAUUUGGUCGGCGCAAGCCGGUGCUAAGAAGGUGUACGCGGUGGAAGCUACAAACAUGGCUCGCCACGCGCGGAGCUUGGCGAGCGCGAAUGGAGUGGGCCACAUUGUGGAAGUGAUCGAGGGGUCGAUUGAGGAGGUUUCCAUUCCCGAGAAAGGUAUCCCAGCCAUGCUCGUAUGUGGUUUGCUCCCAUAAAGACCAAACUCGUAGAGCAAAAGAAUCAAGAGUAUCAGAAAUCACUGGCGGAUUGGAGCUACUUUGCUCAAGAGCUAAACGAGGCGUAUGGUGUUGAUAUGAGCACCCUGACAAUGCCAUAUCACGAGGAGCAAAAACAAUACUACUUACAGACGUCCUUAUGGUCGAACUUAUAUCCGGGUCAAGUGAUUUCCACUCAACUCAACUCAUAUCAAGCAAAGAUACAUGGAUUUGCAACUCUUAUGUAGAGGCGUUGGAAAGCUCGCUCGCUCUGUUUAGUUUUUGUUACUACUUCCCUUUUGGACUAAGUAUCACUUGACAACAAGCUUUUCAUCUGGCAGCAUCCGACUUGACUUGAAUGUAUGGUCGUUGGCAUCUGUCAAAUAGAAAGUGCCGUUUUCUUCA